AAAAGAAUGUCUGCUGAGGUUGAAUACAAAUGCUUCGUGGGUGGGCUAGCAUGGGCUACCAAUGAUAGAACCCUAGGAGAAGCUUUUUCUCAGUACGACAAUGUGGUCGACUCCAAGAUUAUCAACGAUCGCGAAACAGGUAGAUCAAGAGGAUUUGGUUUUGUUACCUUUACUGAUGAGAAAUCCAUGAGGAACACAAUUGAAGCAAUGAAUGGCCAGAACCUUGAUGAUCGUAACAUCACUGUUAAUGAAGCUCAAUCACGCGGAAGCGGCGGCAACAGCGAUUUCGGAGGUGGCCGACGGGGUGGUGGUGGCGGAUACAAUGGCGGUGGUGGAUACAAUGGUGGUGGCUACGGUCGACGUGAAGGUGGCAAUGGUGGUGGUUAUGGAGGUGGCCGUGACCGCGGAUUUGGUGGUGGUGGUGAUCGUUAUGGUGAUGGUGGAUCCCGUUACUCAAGAGGUGGUGGUGCAUCAGAAGGAAGCUGGAGGAAUUAGGUAGAUAUAAUAAAAUUCUGAAAUUGGGUUUAAUAGUCUAAAAUAUGUCAUAGUUUUGGUUUGGAAACUAUGUUUUUGUGUUGGGUUUUUGUUAGUGUUGUGGUUUCUUGCUAUUGGCUCGUUAUGUUACUGUGAGGGAUCUGUGCAAGGUUCAAUCAUCAAAGUUAUAAAUGAUCAACCCCUUUUCUA